UCAUAAUACAUCAAGUUAAUUAUUUAACCAUAGAAAAAAAUCAAAUUGUUGGCCUCGCUAAUAUGUAAAUGACACAAGUGAUGGUUUGUAAGAAUGGGAUGAGAGAUGAGACGAGAUUCUGACGAGAAGUAGGAGGAGAUAGAAACUUGGAAGGAUGUGAUUGUGAUGCAGGAAGGUAGGAAGAAACAGGUGGCGGCCUUAUCUACAAGCUUGCUUUAUGACUCAUCUCACCCAACCAAUCAGCUGCCGAUUUUGGAACCCAUCCUCUCUCUCUUUUUUUUUUUUUUUGCAAUUUGAUGGCCCCCCACUCUGCAAUUUCAAUUUCUUUUCUCUAUUUUUCUUCUAUUAUUUUGUUUGUAAGUGGAAAUUGAUAUGAUUGUCCUUUUGGUUAAAAAAAUGACAAAAUACGAAUUUGGAGGGUAGCGUAGGCGGGUUCAUUCAGUCUUUUACCCUUUUGCAGAGAGCUCCCACUCCCCUUCACGUGCAAGAGGGACACUUGUUGAGAUAUGGACCCCUGAGAGUGUCCCGAUUCCUCCACGGCUGUCCUCCAAUCUAUUAUUCCCUCUACUUAUUUCUUUACAUAUAGAAAAGGGGUUAAUUGCAAGGAUGGUCAUUGAGUUUACUAAAACCGUUCAUGUUUGGUCACUGCAAAUAUUUAAUUUUAUUCAUGGUCACUAUGAUUAGUUCAAUGGUUCAAAUUUGGUCACUCUCCGUUAAUUUUUGCUAAUGUGGCAGUCAACUAUUAUAGUUGACCGUUAAAUGAGUGUCGUGGCCAUUAAAAAAAUAAAAAAAAUAAAAAAAUUUAAAUAUUUACAAUUUCCACCUCAUUUUUACAACUAUUAAAAAAAUAAAACUUACCUCCACCGUCUAUGCCCCGUACGUGAAACAUCUUUGUGGAGCUUCGCCUCACUCGUGCCUGUGUUUUUUCUGAUUUUUUUCAUUUUCCCAUUGUUCAGAAUCCGAGUGUCGGGCGGCCGCGUCACGAUGGGAAUGAUCCGAUUCGGUGCCACGAGGAAAAAACAGAGAUCCAACGAAACCGAUGGGGGGCCGGAUCAACUUUAUAUGCUUUAAAAUUAAAGAGCUUCUGGAUCCAGGCAAUACCUCUUCGUCUAUCUCUCUUCUCCAUCUCUCUCCACAUCUACCUUUGACUACCUCAAAUUACUAGCUUGUUUCUUUCUUCGCAUCUUAUAGGAAUAGUUAUAGGAUGAGGGGGAAAUGAUGGGCGACCAAGGCCAAGGCGGAGGAGGGAGUGGUGUUGGACUUGGAGGGGGAUCAUCGCUGGUGAUGAGAGAUUACAGGAAAGGGAACUGGACGGUGAGCGAGACGAUGGUGCUGAUCGAAGCCAAGCGGAUGGACGAGGAGAGGAGAACCAAGAGAGGCGGCGGGAACAAGCCGGCGGAGCUGGAAAAGAUCGGCCAUAUGGUUCAGAUUGAUCGCAAAGUCGCUUCAGCUAACGUCGUGAAAAACUACUUCAUCGGUAAGACGACGAUAAAAAAAAGCAUAGAAAGCUGAUCCGGCCCCCAAUCGGUUUCGUUGGAUCUCUGUAACGCCGGUACUCUGCAUCCGCAGCCUUCAAAAACAGAGCAAGCAGUAGUAUUCCAACCACCAAAACCGGACUCUGUUUUUUCCUCGUGGCACCGAUUCGGAUCAUUCCCAUUGUGACGCUGCCGCCCGACACUCGGAUUCUGAACAAUGGGAAAAUGAAAGAAAUCAGAAAAA